AUGAAGGACGACUCGAAGACGCCUCUCAUGGCUGGUGGUCAUGCAGAGCUCACCCAGCAGAAGAUGCGACUCCAGAACGGCAACGGACUGUCCAGCAAGCCGCACUCGAAGCGAAAGAGAGCCAGGUCCUGGCUUCGCCGGGCCAAAGACGUCUGCUUAAAACACACCUGGGUCCUGCCUCUCGCUCUCCUUGCCAUUCUCCUCACCGCAUACGCCGUCAACCCGACAGAAGCCAACCCGAUACACUAUGGCAUAUUCCUCUCCUAUCCGUUGCCUCCGGAGACACCUGGUGGCCCAGUACUGUACGGCAAGGGGAAGCUCGAUAUCGCCUUUGUGGCAUUCUACACCAUUGCGCUCUCGUUCACUCGUGAGUUCUUGAUGCAAUGCGUUAUUCGGCCGUGGGCUCUAUAUGCCGGGAUCAAGGGCCGCUCGAAGAUCACCCGGACGAAUAUCUGGUACUUCAACACUACGGCCAUGUUUGAGAACUUCCCGCAUAAAUCGCAUACAGCGGACUUCAAGGCGUAUUACCUCCUUGAGGCCGCAUACUGGGCUCAGCAAGGAAUUGUGCUGUUGCUUAAACUAGAGAAACCUAGGAGGGACUUUAAGGAGUUGGUUGGGCAUCAUAUCAUCACUCUCGCACUCAUUGCGUUGAGCUACCGGUUCCACUUCACUUAUAUCGGUCUCGCCGUCUACAUCACACAUGACAUCUCUGACUUUUUCCUUGCUACGUCGAAAACGCUCAAUUAUCUGGACUCGCCGAUUAUCACCCCAUUCUUCGCUCUUUUCGUUGCCGUCUGGGUUUACAUGAGGCACUACCUUAACCUCCACAUUCUCUGGGCCGUCCUGACAGAGUUCCGAACCGUUGGGCCCUUUGAACUCAACUGGGAGACCGAACAGUACAAGUUCUGGGUUAGCCAGUACAUCACAUUUGGUCUCCUGGGUUCUCUCCAGGCUAUCAACCUAUUCUGGCUCUACCUUAUCAUCCGCAUCGCCAAGACCUAUGUCUUUGGCAACGCACUGCAGGACGAGCGAAGUGACAACGAAGAAGAAGAAGACGAGAUUGAAGAAUCAAGCAUGACCAGCGAAGCGAAUGGAGUUUCCAUUCCAACCCUCCUCGUCAACGGCCAUGCUACGAAGGAGAACGUCGAUCCGAUCGAGAACGGAUCAUCUACAGGACUAUUGACUAACGGGAAUUCAAACGGUGCCACCACGAAACGCAAAUGAAUGAAGAUAAUUAUUUCUUUCUGUUUUUCUCUUCUCCCUUUUCCAUUACCAUUCUUCAAAACCAUGAAAACCAUGAGAACUUACCGGAUGACCUGAGCCUUCUGUUCCAUUCUUAUACCCUUGAAUUGCAUAGCCUCGGCAGGUCAAGGAUUUUACCCUUUCCCUCCAUAUACAUACCUCUAAUCAUGUUUAUCCAUCCUCCUUUUCUCCUUUCCUUGUUAUAUUCUCUUUGUCAGUGGGCAUCUGAAAAAUCGAAGCCCGCGAUAUAUAUAUGAGGGGGCAUGGGUUCGAAGUCUCACUUUACGAGACCGACCAUAGCAUUG